CUGUCAACCCCAAGAUGGCAGACUUGCCCCCUGCACGGCUCAGGCUACACCAACCAGCCUUCUACUCUACGGGGAUUGAUUGUUUUGGUCCAAUGCAGGUUAAAGUCGGCCGACGGAAUGAGAAACGUUGGGGCUUGCUCUUUAAAUGCCUCACAACGAGAGCAGUCCAUAUUGAAGUGCUGUCCAGCAUCAAUACGGACUCCUUCCUGAUGGCCCUGAGAAGGUUCAUAUCCCGUCGCGGGAGACCAGCAGAGCUGCUCUCGGACCAGGGCACAAAUUUCAGAGGUGGAGAUAGGGAACUACACGAAGCAUUCCAAACCCUACAUCCUUCUCUCCAAGCCCAGUUGGCAGAGUACCAGAUCGAGUUUCGCUUCAACCCGCCAAGCGCCCCCCAUUUUGGUGGCUCUUGGGAGCGGGAAAUCAGGUCUAUCAAGGCUGCUCUGACUGCUACUCUGGGCUCACAAGUUGUCAGCGGAGAAGUGCUGACCACCGUCCUGAUUGAGGUUGAGGGUAUCCUCAAUUCCAAACCCCUCGGCUAUGUAUCAUCCGACAUAGCAGACCCGGACCCAGUCACCCCCAAUCUGUUGCUGAUGGGGCGGCUAGACCCUUCGCUACCUCAGGCAAUAUAUCAUGACUCAGAGCUGCUCAGCAGGCGUCAAUGGAGGGCCUGUCAAGUGCUGUCUGAUCGCUUCUGGAUGCGGUUCCUGCGCCACUAUCUACCCACAUUACAAACCCGGUCCAAGUGGCAGUCGGACACAUCCCCUCUUCAGCUGGAUACGAUCGUGAUGAUUGUCGAUCCGCAACUGCCCAGAUCAUCGUGGCCUGUUGGGAAAAUCGAGAAGGUGUUCCCUGGGGCCGAUGGUCUGAUUCGCACAGCGGAGGUCAAAGUUCGGGACCGCACCUAUGUCCGACCUGUGAGCCGUCUUAUCAGACUUCCUGCUGUACCAGAGGAGAAUGGACAAUAAUAGACUGCAAAUUUGCUGGAGCAAAUUUGGGGGCGGCUGUUCUGAAGGCUGCAUGACAGAGCAGGUGACAUAGCAAGGUCCAACCACUAGGAGCGCCGUCGCGCUCAAUAGGGCAGAGUGCCACCGCUUGUGAGAGGGAGAAAAAAGACUGACGACGGUGAGACGCGUGUACGGCCGGUAGAAGAAAGUUGUGUUGCUACUUUGUAACAGUUGAUCUGCCGUUUGUGGUUCAGUGUGCGUCCAGAGAAACAACCACACACACACACCCACAAACCCCCACCUUCAACACCACUGUAGGCUGUCUCCACCAAUAAAGCACCAUAACGAGGAAUGAUUGUCUCCUGCUUCAUUCUUCGCUAAGUCUU